AUGACAGAGACAUUGAAUGUCAUAGUCAAUAACGGAUCAAGUGUAGGCGCUUAUACACUUGAUCUGAUUGCGCCUCCGAAGUUAACUUCGGAGAUCACUCAGUUGCCAACGCUCGAACAUAAAAGGUUCUUGCGUGAUCUGCGUAGUGGCAAAGUCAAGCAGAUCUGCAUACUCGUCGCUGACGACGAGUGUGUAACCGACAUAAGGUCAGCAACAGUGUUCACUGAGAACGAGAGAGUUCUCAGUAGUUCAUCUAUGGACGAGAGUGUCCUAGAUGAAAAGACACGAAUUGAGCGAUAUGACUCUCAAUCAUGGGAAUCGCUCAAGACAAAUCCUCUCUAUGAAGAUUUGGUUGAAUUCAAGGAUGCAUUCCCUGAAACUGUUCCGUGCGAAUUACCGAAAGAUAAAGGUAUUCGACACGAGGUCGAGCUUAAACCAGGCUCGAAGUACUGUGUCAUGAAGCAGCGGCCACUGCCUCGUGAACAAGUACUUGCGAUCGACAAGUUCUUUGCCGAUCGUUUAGCUGCGGGCCAUGUGAGGGAAUCAACUUCCCCACAUAGCUCUCCGACCUUCUGUGUGCGAAAAGCAACAGGAGGGUGGCGGAUAGUGCACGCGUUCAACAAAUUGAACGCUGCAACGGUACCGGCUCAGACGCCGAUACCGAGGAAGGACGUAAUCAUUGAUGGUAUGUCAAAGAGUACCAUCUUUUCGUCCAUGGAGAUUGAUGGAUGA